GUGCACCGCCACGACGCUCGAAUGGAGAUGGACCUCCGGGAGCAGGCACCAUACUUGCUGCGCGAUCUACGCGGUGGGCGUGAUAGAGACGCGCCACUGCAGGUGUAUCCGGACCGUCCUCGUUUGGAUCGCGAUCAUGCAGGUUUGCACGAUGGUCCGCCCUUUGGCUUCGGCUCAACUUUUGGGACUUUUGGCACGCAACCGGACGGACGACGUAGGGUGGCGCAUGGAGUCGGGGGAACCUCGAGCUUCCCGGCGCCUCAGAGCCCAGGGCUGGCAGAGGUCGUUGCUCGCUAG